UGGCUAACGUGAUCUUCUGUUUUCAGCGUUUGAAUGAACACAUGUUGUUAUGACAUAAUUGAAAUUUUACCCAACAGAAAUGUGUGACUGUUGAGUGUUGAUACAGGAUCAAUUCAAGCAAUAACUCGGUUUUUAUAAAUAUCGUUUAUAACUGUACAUGACUUUUUAUGAUGAAAGUUUGCAUCACAUCGUGAAGAAGGAGAGCUAGCUAACGUGAACCCGGCGCAGUGGUAAUGUAACGUUUAUUGAACUGGUCACUAACGACAGAGACUUGCAGUUAAAUGUGAUAAAUCUUUCAUUUAUUUAAUUGUACGUAAGCGUUGUUAAUAUGUCUGCGCUGUAUCGAUGCGUUUUACUCAACCGCGUUUCCAAAUUAAAACAACAGACAGGCUUAACUCGGGUCAGGACAUUUGCGCUCACACAGGGGAAGACAUCGGACUGUUCGGUGCGAGGUGGGACCACGGCCCUGCCACACGCGACAACUAUCCUAAGCGCUAUGGCUAAAAAGACAGGGAGUCAGUGUUUUUCUCGUUCAAUGUGUCGGUCAAGUUCAUCCGAUGAUGCAAAAGCUCGAGUGAAGAGAGUUUCUAUCGAGGGGAAUAUUGCUGUUGGAAAGUCGACCUUUGCAAGACUUUUGCAGUCAGCGUCUCCAGACUGGGAAGUGGUGGCAGAACCAGUCAGCAAGUGGCAAAACAUUGAGAGUGGGACCUCGAAGGGCUCAGAUGCUCCUCCCCGGACGACGGUCAGCAACCUGCUCCAGAUGAUGUACCAGGACCCUGAGCGCUGGUCGUACACGUUCCAGACGUAUUCCUGCAUGAGCCGACUGAGGACGCAGCUGCAGCCUCCUCCUGCCCACCUGCUCCUCUCAGAGGGAGCGCCUGUCCAGGUGUACGAGCGCUCAGUUUACAGCGACAGAUACAUCUUCGCUCUCAAUAUGUUUGAGUUGGGCUGCAUCAACGCCACAGAAUGGGCGGUCUAUCAGGACUGGCACUCCCUCCUGGUGGAGCAGUUUGGACACCAGGUGGAGCUGGAGGGCAUCAUUUACCUCAGAGCCCCUCCAAAGAAAUGUAUGGAGCGCCUGGAGCGUCGGGGGAGGGCAGAGGAGAAGGGAGUGAAACUUGACUAUCUGGAUAAGCUGCACGUUCAGCACGAGAGGUGGCUGGUGGAGAAAAGCACAGAAAUCCAUUUUGAGAACCUCAAACAGAUCCCUGUCUUACAACUCGAUGCCAGCGUGGAGUUCCAGAGUGACCCAGAGGUGCGGGAGCAGUUUAUAACAAAGGUGAAGAACUUCUUCAAUACUUUAUAAGAAUGUGGUCGCCAGCGGCCGUCAACAGAUGAGACCAAUCAGACCUCGUUUAGUCAACCUACAUUCACAUACAUCAGCUGCUUAUGGUUUUGGGCAUCCAACUAAUAUAAAGUCAUUUAAAACUGACCUCUUUUUGUGUAGUCUCUACAGGACUAUGUGAAGUAUAUAGAUUAAGUUUGGUUAUGAAUGUGUUCUUUCUAAUCGUUCUGCUGUUAUAUUUUGUUAGUGGUUUGUUAUUUGUGAGUCACAUUGCACGUUAUUACUUAUAAAUCUGUAUUAUUGAUAUCGACUGAAAUCUCCGCAGCUAUUCCUCUCUGUUACAGUUAAUUAACUUAUCUACGUGGCUUAAGCACAGACAAGCGCACACAAGUUAUUUAAUAGGUUCUGUAAAGUAUAAGCUAAAUCUGUACUAGAACAAUUGGAAUUAAGAUUUACUGAAAAUCUUGGGUUUGCGUGUGUAUUGUUUAGUGAGUGUCUAGAACAAGCAAAUAAGACAUGGAUGCUUUGUAAUGAAUAAAAAUAUGUGUUUUUAAAUCUUCA